AUGUUGAGUAGGCAACCUUGUGAAAAAAUCUUGACCAAUCCUAAAAGGAGGCUACUUCAUGAAGGGCCUAUGCUUUUGAUGGAGACUUCAAAGACGACGGACAUGUACUUGUUCCUUUUUGACGACAUCCUCCUCCUCACGAAAGUCAAGAAGCCGCCGAGGAAGAGAAGUACCAACCUUGAAAACUUGAACCCAUAUUUAUCGCGAAACUUGCAGACGGAGGGACUGUCCUUCGUCGUGCACCGACAACCACUGGCCCUUGACCGCUUCACUGUUCAUAACGUUAGCACAGCCGAUGCCGCAGCGAACAGUUUGAAACAUGCCUUCGUCAUCGUUCAGAUCAGCAGAUUCCAGCAGAUCCUGUCCCUCUACACAUUGCAAGCCUACUCGGAACCUGCCAAGAUGCAGUGGCUACACAUGCUUCAAAGCAGCCAAGAAAAAUAUAGAGAGAAUCUCAAAAAGAUUUCUCAACAAAAUAGCCAACAAAAUAGCCAACAAAAACAAGCAGCAACAUCACCGUUGUCGUCGUCAUCAUCCUCAAAUAUCAACAGUGCAAACAACAUCAACAAUCUGAUGGACAGCAACGGCAAUAGCAACAUAACAUUUGUUUUCUAUCACAAGGAUCUCGACUCACCAGUUUCGAACGCACACGCCGUCAAAGAUAACUUUCAUUUAACGCCAAAUUUUAAGAAUUUUGACGACACACAUAAUCACAAUGGUAAUAAUUUAUUUUGCAACAACAACUACUUAUUGAAACGUUGUUCAAGUCCAGGAGAUGUUGCGUUGUUUGCAGUGCCAAGGAAAAAUGAAGAUACCUCGUUAGUUAAGUCAUCACAAAACUGUAAGCAAGAGAACAAAAAUGGAAGCACACCUACACACCAAAUAUUAGAAGAAGAAGAGAAUAAAUUGCAUCACCAACAACCUAAUGAACAGCAGCAAGUACUUCAAGAACAGCAGAAGCAGCAGCAGCAUCAACCUGAAAACAAUUCAAAUGUUGAACUGACAGUCACAACAGUUGAAGAUGACGGCAGCAACACGUACGAUCUAUAUUUCAACUUCAUAUCUCAACGUCAACAUAUCUUGCAACAAACUGCUCAACACCAACAAAGUGUUUGCAAUAAAAUUCAAAUAAAUAACCCUAACUCAUUUUUGUCACUUCCUAAUUCAAAUAAAAAUGUAAGAGAUGAGGAAGGGGAUGAGACUGAUGAGGACAAACAUAGUGGCACUUACGACGACGCAAACAACAACUCCUUCAACCAAUGUAAUUUGUUGAAAAGUAACAUCGCUAACAGUUGCAUGACAAAUCUGAGAUUUUCAAACCCCAACACUCCAAACUUUAAAAAUUACCAGGGACCAUUUAACAUUUCUCAACAAAGAACAACAGCUUUUCACAAAUAUUUGCCAGCAUCUAACAUGUCAAACAGCAACAAUAUCACCAACUGCAACAUUAUUAACAACAGCAGCAUUAACAAUAGAUUGAAAUCGAAUUCCCUCCGAUCAAAAACUCGACCGACAUCUCUGUACUCUAAGCGUAGGACGCAGUUGAAAGCCAUCCGUGAGAAGUCCCUAUCCAUCGACCUUCCCAACCCACCUGCAACAUUCUCCGUGCUGUCGUCGCAUCCCAACAAAUCUAACAAAUCCAGCUUUGAUGACGAUCACUGCAAGGCAAGUAUUUCCAACGUGCCAAAAAUUACCUCUCGUGAUGACAACACCCACAACUUGCACAUUCAGACCGAUGACGAGGUCGAUGAUUUGGGAAAAAAUCUCAACAACAGGUACCUCCAAAAAACCGGCCAAAAAUUAUCCUCUCACGCAAACCCGAAGAAACUUCAGCGAGAGGACAAUUACGACGCACCGAACAAAACGACGUGUAAUUACAUGGUGAACAACCUCGCCGCAUCAAACAAUCAACAAUACAAGAACAAUUUCAACAACAAUAAUAACAUUAAUACACCAAACCAGCUCAUUAAUAACAUCACUUACAUUAACAACAACACCCAAAAAUGUAAUGACGAUAGUGGCAACUUUAAAAAUAUUUCUAUGAAAAAUUAA